AUGGCGAACUUCAUCACGCUUGUAACAUCGGAGAAACCAUCGUUGACUGUGUCCUCCAUCGGGACGCUACUUGCACGACAUUAUGGCCUGCACAUGGUCAGCUGCCAGAAACUUAACAGCUAUGAAGAUUUGAACUUCCGUGUCAAGGUGGAGUCAAAUGGAGACAAUUCGAAGGCACCGUGUUGUCAUGGUUAUAUUUUCAAAGUCCUAAACAAACAGAACUCACAGAACACAAACUAUAUGGAAGCCCAGCUCGAGAUGAUGUCUCGGGUAUAUGAGAUUGGUAUCCUCACCCCCCGGGCCGUCCCCACCCUCACCGGGCACCUGUACCUGACGGUGAACCUGCCAGACGAGGGCUGCAAGAACACAGACAUCACGGCCUCCAUCUAUGUAAUGCGGCUGUUUGAGUUUAUCCCUGGGACAAUACUACAGUCUGUCCCCCUCACCCCGGGGCUGUGUUACAAGGUAGGGGUGAUGGCAGGCAGAGUUGACACGGCGUUAAAGGGCUUCAACCAUUCUGGUUUCCAUGGCAAAAAAAUAACCUGGCAUCCUGACCAUCUGCCGUUGAUUGUUAACCUGCUACACGUGGUAGAGGACAAUGGUGACAGAGAGCUGGUCAGUGACGUCGUCAAGACAUUUCAGUCACGUGUUCUGGAACACCUGAAUGAAUUUCCACAAGGAACGAUCCAUGGGGAUUUAAACGAAGGGAACAUCUUAGUAACUGAAGCUGCCGAUGACGACAGAUGGAGGGAUGAGCACGAUGUGUCCGCCAUCUUGGAUUAUGGUGACAGUGCUUAUCUGCCAUACAUCUUUGAGGUUGCCAUAGCAAUGGCGUACAUGUCAAUCCUUAGCGACAACAUCCCACCACAAACUGCAUCCGGGUAUGUUCUGGCAGGCUAUCUUACCCAGAAUGAUUUGUCCGACAGAGAAAUUGAACUGUUAAAGUUGUGUGUAUGCGCGCGCAUCACCCAGUCACUGGUUAUCGGCGCCUACUCCUUCCAAGUUGAUCCCAGUAACGACUACACGCUUAACACGGCUAAGAUAGGCUGGCCACGACUUCGUCAACUGUGGGAAAUGGACUCAGAACAGUUGGUCAGAGAGUGGCGGAACAUUGCUCGGACCUGCGAGAAACCACUCGUGGCUGAUGAUGAAGGCGAUGGUGAUGCUGGUGAUGCUGCUGCUGCUGCUGCUGAUGAUGAUGACUAA